AAUAUUUUAUUGGUACCUAUAGCUAAUAAUAUUUUGCAAUACGUCUCACAUAUUAAUACGCCCAAGGUAUUAUAGAAAACAUUUUCGCUUUCUUUAUUUGAGUAUUUUCAAAUUCAAAAUAUCAACUUUUGGCCAACUAUUUUCAUUUUUUAACCACUGUUGGGCGUGGAGGUGAAUUACUAUGUAAUGAUAUGAGAUUUGUAGUUUUUAUGGCUUGUAUACUUGUAAAUACCUACUAAGUUGUAAUGACAUUUUUGAAUGAUUUUAGAUGUGAGUUAUUGAUUUUUUCCUAUUAUUAGAUACCUAUUAUAGUAUUAUGUAUGAUGGCGAUAAUUUUAUCCAUUUAUUAAAGGAUAAAUAAAUAUUUGUUUUUUUGUCUUUUAAUUAUAUAAUAUAAUAUUAUCAGUGCCGGAUUAAAGGGUGGGAGAAAGGGAAUAUUUCCUCCCGGAUUACAUUCAAAUGUAUCUCAUGACCAGUCAUUACUCAUAAAUCAUAAUUAAUAACAAAUAAACAUACGAUUUUGUUUUAUUUAAAAAUAUGUUGGUAUAUAAAAGUAAGUAGUUCACAGCUUACAUUAAUGUGGUUAUAUUUUUAAUAUAGACACUUGUAGUGAAUGACUUUUCGCGUUUUCAAUAAACUCCAAGUAAAUGGGUCAAGUAUAUAUUCUAAGUAAAUAAGCAUGAAAAUUAAUCGCUCGACGAUUGAAAAAGGAAAUCAAAAAUGCAUUCUAUAUCCACAUAAUUUUCGUAAUUAUAACGUUUUACAAAGUUGAAAUUAUUGUUAAUAAAGGGCGCACCUUAUAUACAUACCUACUGCGGAAUGAAUGCGGCUACAGUGUAUUCUUUUUAUUAUCAAGUAUUGUUUUGUUUGACAUGCAAAAUAGCGAUUUAGGAAAAAAAUAUGCAAAAAAAAAUAAAUAACACACGGUACCUUGCUGCUCAUGGAAAGGUACGAAAGUAUAAAUGGAAACUUAAUAGCUCGUACUGUAGAAGGGAUUGAACCCAAACAGAUUGGUUUUGACAUGCAAAACAAACGCUCGCCCGUCGCUUGGUGUUUUUCCUUAUUGCCGACGCCGUCAUGGAUAAGGUGAUUCCAGGUUUGUUUAUUGGCAGUUUUAGAGACUCAAAAGAUUUUGCUCAAUUAGAAAGUAAUCAAAUAACUCAUAUAAUUUCCGUACUGGAUGCGCCAAAGAAAAUUCAUCAAGAUAAAAAAUAUUUGUGUAUUGAAGCUAUAGAUAGUCCUGAACAAAAUCUCAUACAAUAUUUUCAAAUAUGCAAUGAUUUUAUACAUAAAGCUCGUCUUAAAAAUCAAAAUGUUUUGGUUCAUUGUUUGGCCGGAAUGUCGAGAAGUGUAACAAUAGCAGCUGCUUAUAUUAUGUCAGCCACUACAAUUAAAUUAAAACAUGUACUUCGACUUCUGAAAGCAUGUCGAUCCAUUGCAAGUCCCAACGAAGGAUUUAAUAAGCAACUCCAGUAUUAUGAGUGCAAUUAUUUAUUAGAAGAAAGAACAAGGUUAGCAUCUAUUAGCCAUUCCAAUAAGCAACUUUUAGCAGAUGAAGAAUAUUGUAAAAAAAUCAUUCAAUGUGGAGAAGAUCACAAAAAAUAAGAAAUUUAUUAAUUAAAAAUUUAUGAAAAAUAAAACAAUCAAUACAAUUUUAGAAUUAAUA